AGCAUCCACUCAAUUCGAAAGCGUCUUGCAAACCCCGACCCGACCGGAACGCAUAUUUAGCGAUUAAUCGAUUUUCAUAAUGGGAUUCUGGGACUUUGUGGAGGCGGCUACGCCGUGGAGCACUGUGGAGGCUGAGGCGCCGGCGAAGGAGGACGAGGAGACCGAGACCUCUACCACCGACAAGACCGAGGAGUCCACCGAGGAGGCUCCCGCUGAGGAGGAGGAGGAGGAGGAAGAGGAGGAGGACAUCGUUGACCCCAAGGAGACUCUUGAGGCAGAGUGCAGAGAGGCCAAGGAGUGCGCGGCGCCCAAGCAUCAUUUUGAUGAGUGCGUUGAGCGCGUUACUGCUGCGGAGGAGAAGGGGGGAGCGAAGGAGGAUUGUGUUGAGGAGUUCUUCCACCUCGCCCACUGCGCCACCGCCUGUGCCGCCCCCAAGCUGUGGGCUCAGCUUAGGUAGAAUGUCGGCUACGUGAUAUAUAACAUGCCAUAGAAUGGCACGGCACGAGGACAGAGAUGAUGGGGAUUCAGAUGGGGAUGGGAAGUGUAUAGAUGGCAUGAGAUGAGAUGAGUGGAUAGAUUUUGAUUUGAGACAAUUGUACCAUACGUUGC